AGAACAGUGUUGUACAAAUAAUCUAGACAUAAGCUUUAGCAGAGGUAGGGUUUAAGUGAAUUAUGCCGUGGUUAUAUUUUCUUGCCCUGUUUGUAUCAAAGUUGGAAUAUAGUGCAAAGGGUGUUUACAACGAUUUAAGGACGAGGAGAGAAGAUUUUGUUGGCGAUACGUUCUGCAAUUCCACUAUUAAUAUUUCACCGGACGAUAAGGGAAGCCUGUUUAACAACGAAGGCAGCGGAGAAAACUGCUUCUAUCAUCUCCAGGCUCCUGACGGUUUCGUGGUGGAGUUGACGGUACGCAUGGUGACGUUUGGAGAUGAUAUGUGUAAGGAUAAACGGCUGCUGGUUCGGGACGGCGUGAGCUCGGAUGGUCAUUCUGUGUGGGAGUUAUGUAGUGAGCACGCCGAGAGCGCCAAACCUGAGGUGUGGCGGGGGCAGAAUAUGUUCAUCGAGUACACAAGUAUAGUCGGAAGUGAGGGAAAGUGGUUUCAGCUGGAUUACACGACAGUGGUAGACAACUUCUCACCGCUUCUCCCCGCUUCCAGCAUCAAAUCUUCUGUCGGCGGCGAUAACGACUGCAGCGGUCGGCUGUUGAAAUCUGACGGGGACUUUGAGCUCCCGUCUACGGACCCGGAGUUCCGGGACAACUAUGUGCCUACAUACAGGGUCACUUUCAAGAACGGCCAAAUAUGCGUAGGUGAGUCACAGUGUGGGGUGAACCAAUGUGACGACGGUGGAACUUGUGUGAAGAACGGUCAUAAGGAAACAUGUCACUGCAGGAAGAGAAACUCGGGAGAGUUUUGCAAAGAAGGAGGGUCUUCUUCUGGUAACCUCGAGUUCGAUCAACGGCCUCAGAAUAGAACGGUUAAACGGCAGAACCAGGCGAUCGCCGUGUGUCUUGUAAAACCACCUAAACACGGUGACAUUGUCGUGUAUUCUUGGUUGUUUAAAGGAGAGCCAAUACCGGAGUACCGAGCAUCUACCGGGUAUGGAGACCGAGGCAACGGCAUUCUAGAGAUUAAAAAGUUUAAUGAACAGAAUGAAGGCCAGUAUACUUGUCUAGCACGGGCAGGAAACCUUACUGCGGAACACAUUUUCUCCAUGACGAUGGUCAAUGACUGCAACUUAGAGGGUUUCAGGGGACCAACAAAUGAAGAAGGGAUUGUGGGCAACAAGGUCUUCCUGGCAUGCUAUGUCCUUAAUGCAAAAGAGGUACUUUGGAGAAAGGACGGUGAGGUCAUCGAUUUUGAAGAAAACACAAGAAUGAAGCACCUUUCAAACCAUUACCUGCAAAUCUCAAAUUUGGAAUUAGAAGACGAAGGGGACUACUCGUGUGAAGCUACUGACUUCGAAAAUUGUGGAAGCGAGAGGACUGCGCAUCUCAAGGUUUUUCAAGCUGGAGCACACAGCAAAUACUGUGGUAGAUCAGUGCAAGACCAAGCAAGGGAAUCUAGGGCUACUUCCUAUAUUUCAAAAGGAGACGACGCUGACCAGAAAGAACACCCUUGGCAUGUCACAAUGCUCCGAGCUGAUGAAAAUGGAACGCUGUCCCUGAUUUGUGGAGCAACGGUUAUAUCCCAGAACUAUCUAAUCACAGCGGCCCACUGCAUCAUCAGUUUCCCGGGAGGAAAGGAGAAAUUUAUGCCCAAAAAUGUUAAACUCAAUUUUGCCAGUAACCGAUGCACGACAUCUAACGAUAUGAAGACAUUUAAAAGAUAUAUUAUUCAUGAGGACUUCAACAAGACUGCUCUAUUUGAUAGCGACAUUGCAUUGAUAGAACUUGAUGAACCGCUAGAAUAUUCGUCAAAUAUCAGACCAGCGUGUCUUCAAGACUCGACAUACAUCAACAGAAGAUUGUUGGAAGAUAGACGGACUUCCUUAUCUUGGGGAAGGGUCGUUGGAUGUGGAAGGCAGGGAUCGCGUGGAAGCUCGAAUUUGCCAGAGAAUUUUCAGAGCCUUUAUAUGCCAUAUGUGAAAAGGGAGGACUGCAUUUACAAUUUGAACGGGAGCAGAUUCCAAGUUAUACUAACAAACAAUAUGUUCUGUGCCGGAAAACUUAACCGCGACGUGGGUGACGUGUGUGCUGGAGACGCCGGUGGCGGUCUGCUCAUGGAGGUGCAUGGAGAGUUCCGAUGGGUUCUCACCGGCAUAGUGUCCUUCGGAAUCGGGGGAUGCGACAAUCCGCACAGCUACAGCAUGUUCACGAACGUGGGAAACUUCUACGAGUGGAUCAUUGAACACACUCAUUUCACAGAGGAGGUAGUGGACACGUCGUUUAUGGAUGAGUAAAAAAACUUUGCCUCAGCAGUGACAUUUUGAAAUAGUUUAUGAAUUAAAUUAUAUGAAAUGAAAACGUGCUCCAUGCCUAACUGAUAUCAGCAAAAGGAUAACUGAUUUGAUUGAGUACUUGUGUGGUCGUCAUAUAACUUCAAUGUCUUGAGAUUUGUUUUGGUAUAUUUAAAAAAAAAAUGUUAUUAAAUACGGUGAUCGCUGUUGCCGCAAGAGGACUAUUUUUGUAACCUUUAGAAAAUGUGUCCGAAUUAUUAAAACGAUUGUGCUGCAUUGUGUAUAUCAUUAUUCCAACUUUAAGUGUGGCAAAAUGUUCAUUAAUGUCAAGUCAUAUGUGUUAAUCAUCUUACUUUGUAUCAAAGAAUAAUUUAUUUAACCCAUACGAGAAACCAAAUAUUUAAAAAACAAAAAAUGAAUUGUAAAUUUGAUUUGCUUCUGUUUGAUAAUCCCGAAUUUGCUCAGUGCUUACAAAAAACACAAAUAGAAGACAACAUUAAAAAUAAUCUUGUUGUACAAGGAAAAUGAAAGCAUUACAUUUGAGGUGAUAUUGGAUUAUUUAGUGUUAUAUCUCUGAUGAAAACUGUAUUAAACGACGUAACUGUACGUAAAAAAGUCUUAACAUUUAAAAUUGUCUGCAGUGGUUAGUUUGUCGAAACAUAGUAGCAUUUACCUUAUUCGGGAUUGUUGGGAUGAGAGGGAGGUUGUGCACUGGUUUAAACCCCCAGUAUCUUUUAAUUUCUCAGACCGUUCAAAGACGGUACCUGAAUAUCCUUGAUGAACACACCUGUUUUUUAAUAAUAUGUACUGUGUUGUUUGUGGAGUUGUGUGCUAUUGUUCCAUGUUUCAGGUUGGCGAAUGUUUGUUUUAGUGUUCUAUGUCUUUGGCGUUUACCGUGUGCCAUUCAACAGGUUUUAUGUUUAAACAUUUGGCUAAUGGCCUUGUUUCUGUAGUUUUUCAUACAAACAUUAAAUAGAACAUUAUUGUCAAGCUCAUGCCCUCGCCAACAGGAUCGUAUGACAGAUUCAUAUCAAUGAUUUACGAAAGGUUUUACAACCCGAACCAGGUUUCCGGAACCACACAAUCUGCAUUUAAUAAUAGUAACAACAGCUAAAUUUCUAAUUUGUCAUGAUUUGGUUUAUUAUUUAGAUGUUUACAAAUGCAAACUUAUCAAUAUAAAGGCAUCCACUUUGCAUUUCGCAGUUAUUACUAUGAAUGAAAGCAUUUAUUUUUGUCUUUAUGCCGUUUUCAGAACGGCGCCGAUUCAGCGUUUAGAGACCAAACAGUAAGAUUUUCAGGCUCAAUAGGCUUCAUGUUUGUAGGAUGAGAUGAUGCAUGUAAAUAGUUAUGUUUGUUAAAGAAAACUAAAAA